AUGGCAUUUUACGGAUGUGGAGGAUCGAUUCGCUAUAACGUGUACCCAGAAAGUGACGAUGAGGCUGAGGAACGUGUUCAUAGUGGUGAUGUGAGAAGGGGGUGUGGAAUCGUUCGUGGUGAUGGUUCAAUGUACAAAGGGAAAAGCUUCUACAAUGGAAUCGCUUUUAAGGAGUGUGUUCUCGACUACGCACUGGUAAGCGGGUGUAACCUGAAGCAAUACAGGUACGAUAGGGAUAGAAUAGGUUUUAAGUGUAUUAGUGCUAAGGGGAAAUAUAUGUGGAAAGUGUAUGCCGCAUCUCUUCACAAUGACUCAAUGUGGAUGAUUACCCUCUACACGAACAAACAUAUUUGUGUACCUAUUGGAGAGUGUGAUAUGUUUAAGACCCCAGUCAUAGCUAGGUUGUUUCUUGAUAAGAUAAGAGAAGAACCAGAAUAUUACAUGCCUUUGAAGAUGGAGCAGACUAUAAUGGAGAAGUGGAAGAUAUCAGUUACUAGGGGUCAAUGUCAAGCUGCUAGGAGAAAGGCUUUGGGAUGGAUAGAGCUUGAAUAUGACACUCUAAGAACAUGGAAAAAAUCAUGCAGACCACUGAUAGGAGUUGAUGGUUGUUUCAAGAAAGAAAAGAUCAAGGGACAGUUGCUGGUUGCUUUAGGAAGAGAUGCUGACAAUGCUAUUUACCCAACAGCUUGGUGUGUUGUUCAAGUUGAGAACACAGAUAAUUGGUCAUGGUUUGUGAAUAGGCUGAAGAUUGACUUGGAGUUAGGUGAUGGGGAUGGUUACAUUAUGGUGUCUGAUCGACAAAAGGGGUUGAUUAAGGCUGUUGAGUUGGAGUUACCAAAGAUAGAGCAUCGAAAAUGUGUUAGGCACAUUUAUGGUAACCUAAAGAAGAAUCAUCUGAAUAAGAACUGGCUGAAGAAACUCCUCUGGGAUCUGGCUUGGUGCUACAAUAGUAAAUAUUACGAAGAGAGCUUGAAGAGGAUCCAUGCAUACAAUAGUAAAUUAUAUGAAGAUGUUAUGAAGACUAAACCAAAGACUUGGUGUAGGGCGUUCCACAAGAUUGGCAGCUACUGUGAGGAUGUUGAAAACAACUAUGUGGAGUCCUUCAAUAAUACAAUCAACAAGGCAAGAGAGAAACCAGUUGUGGCCAUGUUGGAAGUUGUAUGA